CAAACGCAAUCUCCGUCAGUAGCUUGUGCUGUUAUCAGUUCAAGAAUUUAUGCAUAUUUUACUGAUAUUUAUUUUAUUAAUAUAAGCAGCAAUGACAGAAAUAAUCGAGUUACAUCCUAAUAAGAGUUCGAUAAAUUCAUCUUUUGAGAAAUAUCAAUUUUUCAAUGAGGUUAUUUCUAUAAUUUCUGAAAACAAGCUAAGAAAUUAUGUAUACAGAUUAGAGCCAAAUCAUAAUCAAGAAUCCUGGCUGGAAGCAAGGCUCUUUGCUUUUCAUAAUCAUUUAUUUAACAAUGUGUAUGACAUGUCAUGCUGGUUCAUUGAUGAAACUUUAGCUGUUUGGCGUCUGGAUGAGGAUGGUUCCUUGGAUCAAGUAUAUAAAUUACAUACACAAGAUACAAGCUCAUCAGAAAUAACAUAUAAUCCAUCAAUUGGAUUUACUUCGAAUAAUAUUGUGGCAAUUUCUGAUGGUGGUGGAAAUCUACAUAUAUUGAUAGGAUGUACAGAAGAAAAUAGGAAGGUUUUUCCAGUAGCUCCUGAAAAACCAGGAAUCAUCAUGAAUGUUCAAUAUAUAGAAAAAAGUUUCAAAAUUAUUUUAACUAUAUGUGCUAUUGCUACAGAUGAUAAUCAAAAGAAAUAUACACAGCUUAUAUUAUUAUCAUAUGGUUUGCAUGUGGAAAAUGAAAUAAUGAAAAUAUAUAACAUAGAUAAACAGCUAUUGAAAGUACAAGGCACAGUAGACUAUGUUUAUAUAGAAGAAAAUGGAAAUUACUUGCAUUCUAUUUGUCAGGAUAACAUUGGUUUCGAGAAUAAAAACUCACAACAAACUGAAACUGAAAUAGAAAAACCAAGCGUCAGUUCGCAAAUAAAGAUUCCAAAGUACUAUUGGUCGCAAGACGAAGAAUCACUUACUGUUUGGGUUAAAGUACCAAAACAGCAUAGUAAUAAACGACCUAAAAUAAGCAUCAAGCCGUUAGAAUUAUCUGUUAUAAUAGAUAACGAGAUAUUAAUACAAGGGGAAUGUCAAUAUAGAUUGGAGGAGAAUAUGGCAACUUGGAGGCACAAAGAAGAUACAUUGCAAAUUGAUUUAAGCAAAUAUGAAUAUGGAUUAAUGUGGAGUGAAUUAAUUAAAGGUGACACUGGAGGUGAAUGUCUACCCAAUGAGACUCUUGCUGCAGAAAUUCAUGCUAGGCUAGCACAUUUAUGUACAGAUCAACAAAAUGACAGUGUUGGAGGGGAUCAACCUUGUGUGGGGUUUAAUGCUGAACAAUUAGAAGAGUGUGAUUUGGAAGGAAAAGAUAAGUUUUUACAAAGGAUUAAUCUUCUUACACAGGCAACCACACAUCUAGCUAGAUUGGGAAGCAACAAUCAUGUGUUAUUUACAUACAAAAGAAAAUAUGGACAAACAGUGUGCCUAAGAUACGAUCAUGAUGCCUGCAUCUGGGAAAUGGACAAUGGGAACGAUAAUACUCAAUGGAAUUUGCAACAUGUCCAUAGCUUUCCUGGAUUUGGCUAUGUCGAAGCAAGCAAAAGCAAUAAAAAAUUUUGUGUAUCUCCAAUUGAUGGUUCAUACAUAGCUAUAGUGGAACAUACACGACAUGUGUUCCUAUAUGAGAGACCUGAUGUUGGAGCAAAGUCCGCCAAACAAAGAAUUAUUGAUCUUGAUUGCCAAGCUUCUCCCAUUAUGGGUGUCGUUGCUACAAAGAAAUACCUGAUUGUACUUUCGAAGGAUAAAUUAUAUCGUUUACAAAUCCGUAUGUGAUAAUUGUGCUAUUCGUAUUUUUUACCGGCAUAAAUAAAACAAUU